AUGUCGGCAAACGAGAGCUUCUACCUGCGUUACUACUCAGGUCACUCUGGGCGGUUCGGACAUGAGUUUCUAGAGUUCGACAUCCGCAGCCUUCCCGAUGGCAACAGCGCCGCCGUACGAUAUGCCAACAACUCGAACUACCGCAAUGACUCUCUGAUUCGCAAAGAGAUGUGUGUUAGCUCGGCAGUAAUCGAGGAGGUUAAGCGCAUUAUCAAAGAUAGCGAGAUCGUCAAGGAGGACGACUCAAAAUGGCCACAAAAGAACAAGGAUGGGCGCCAGGAGCUGGAGAUCCGGCUAGGCAGUGAACACAUCUCUUUUGAGACCGCCAAAAUCGGCUCACUGGUCGACGUGGCCGAAUCAUCAGACCCCGAAGGCCUGCGCGUGUUCUACUACCUCUCUCAAGACCUCAAAGCAAUCAUCUUCUCCCUGAUUUCUCUUCACUUCAAAAUCAAACCCAUCUAA